GUCAAAUCUAGAAUCUAAUUAAAAUUCUGACUAUAGUUUGUGUAACAAUGGCUGAUGAAGCCAAAGGUGAAGAACCAGAGGAUGUUGAUACAAUCGGGGUGUACGUAGGAAAGAGGAACGCUGAGGGCGAGAGGCACGGAGAGGGUUGGGCCCACCUGCCCAAUGGGGAUUAUUAUACAGGAUGCUACUGCAGGGGACAGAGGAACGGGAAGGGAUUAUACGUGUUCAAAAAUGCCGCCCGAUAUGAAGGGGAGUGGCGCCGGGCCAUGAAAUAUGGAGUGGGGCGCAUGGUGUACCCAGACGGCUCACGUUAUGAGGGGGAUUGGAGACACGACGUGAAGCAAGGAUUCGGUGCCUACUAUUACCCAAACGGCGACAUUUACGAGGGCGCCUGGUUCAAGGGCAAACGUCACGGCCUAGGUACCUACUUCUUCGCAGAAUACCAAAUUAAAUUCAUGGGCACUUGGGUUGAAGGAACGAUACAAGGUCCCGGGCAAAUUAUCUAUCCUCGUUACCGCUACCAUGGCUCUUGGCUAAAAGGAAAGCCCAAAGGUCCUGGGUGUUUCGUUUUCGAUACGAAUUGCAUGCAACAUGGAUUCUAUCUGCUACUCAAGGACCCAGCUACUUUAGAAUUCGGUGAAGGCGAAGAGGAGAAAGAAGAAAAAGAUGUUAAGGAUGAGAGAGUGGAAGAAGAGGAACCUGAAGAGUUUGACGAGACAGCAGGUAAAGUCGCUAUGUGGCGUGCACGGAACGUUACAGCGUACAUGGCUGAGUUUCUACCACAGGAGCCAGUCCCUCUGCCAGUCCAUGACUCAGUGCCUUCUCUUACUGACGAGAGCUGCGUUAUAACUGAUGAAUUACAGUUCGACCAACCUUCGAUAUCACCAGAAGACGAAGGAGGUGAUGACAAUGAUUCCUGGCUUCUACAUAGACAACAGUUCCUUGAAGAAACUGAACAAAAGGAACCGGAAAAAGCUUGAAGUGUCAUGUUUCAUGUACGGUCUUGGUUCUUCGAGAUUCAAUGGAAUGUGUGUUUUAUCUGAAUAAAUGUAGAGAUUUAUUUUGUACGUAUUUGUUCUAUCUUGUUGUGAAUUGCAGAUGAAAUAUUUUUAAGUAUAUUUUGACUGGUAAACUAAAGACAAAUCAUUUUUAUUUUCGUUCAAUUAAAUAUAUGUAUUAGUAAAUUAGUUUAUGACUAAUUACUGUCUAAAUAAUAAAGUA